AUAAAGACAACUAUAUAACGCGGAAGCAGAGUUGUUAAAAUAUUGUCUAACAAAAAAUUAAUUACAAAUUUCUACUAUUUGACAUUAAUUAAUUUACAAAACAGACAAUUCAAGUAAAUAAAUUAUUCUAUUCGAAUAAAAAAACAAUAAUAUUGUUUAUAUUUAGUGUUAUAUUUGUGGAUUUAUUUGCGAGUGCGAACAGAUAAAUGCAACACUGAGUUUUGUUGUAAAUGUAUUGGGGUUAAAAAGAAAUCGCAGUUGAGUUUUAUUCGUCGGAGAAAAUUCACGUACGUAUUCGCUGUGACGGUGUGAAUUUUUUUCAUUUUUUAUAAUUAUUUUGUUUAAACAAUAAUAAACAAAGUUUGUUGUUUUAUUACCAAACAAAGCGGUAUAAAAACAAACAUUUACUACUAAAACACCACUUUUCGAAAAAAAAGAAUCACACAAAAAAUUUGUUCGAUAAAAAAAAGAUAGAAAAAUUUCAAUUUUUUGUCUUACAAAAAAAAAGUGCAAAAAAAUUUUAGUAUAUCGUGUAACAGUGUGAGUGUGUGUGAGUGAGUGAGAAAAAAGAAGUGAAAAAAGGGCAACAAAAAAUAAAGAAAUUGGAAAAAAGAAAGGAAAAAAAGAAAUCAUAAUCAAAAAUAAUAAUUUAAAUUGAAAAAAAGUGUUAAACAAAACAAAAAAUAUACAAAACAGAAAAAACGCAUAACAAAUUUGUAGUGAGAAUUAAAUUAUUGUAACCAGCAAGAACGGGGUUAAUAUUUUUACAACAACAAAGCAUUGAAUUGAUUGAACCUGUUUAAUUGGUCACAAAAACAAUUGUUUGUGACGACGACAGCAAAUAACUACAAGCGGAUUUUUAUCUUCAAAAUACAUUUUUUAUUUAAACAGGGUACGAACAUUUUUGCUUAAUAAAUUUCAUAUAAUUAUAAGUCAACAUAAGCCAAAACGACGCGACGCGCGAAGAUGGCCAAAAUGGAAGUCGACGAUGUCGUCGACUUAAGUUUAGGCACCGGCCGUGAUCCGGCUCUAACUAUAACACCUACAACCGUAAGAGACUUGAGAGCACUUACACAAAACUCUGGACUGACUAUAACACCUGCACCACCGCCACCAACAGCAACAUCACCGGCCGCAGCAACAACCGCCACGGCACUGGGCAAUAAUAGCAGUAGUAUAACUAGCAGUACUAGCAGCAGCACUAGUAGUACAGCAAUAGCAAAUACAAGUGGUAAUACCACACCAACUACAAAUAAUAUAUCGACGACUAUAACCACGGUAGAUCCAUCUAGUAAUAGUGCAACUAAUCAAAUAACAAAUACAAAUACAUUAAACAACACAUCCACGGCAAGUGCUAACACAGUUGUGGCCACAGCAACUACAACAGUUGCAGCAACAACAACAAAUUCCCAAACCACAACCAACUCAUCAGGGACGGGGUCAUCUGGUGGCGGCGGCACUAGCAUUGGUGGUUUAGGAGUAGUUAGUUCAGGCAACGAAGAGAACAAAGUUCAACGUCGUGUUCUGAGACCACGCACCGAACCCAAGUCAUAUGCAGAGGCUCCUGAUAUAGUCUUAUUGCCGGCCCGCAUGAAUGGUCGCCAACAAAAUGGUAACAUAGACUCAGAAACAGAUGACGAGGAAAUGCCUCCAUAUGUACCCAUAAAAGAGUUGACACCAGCCGAAUUAAAAGAGCGCGAAAAGGGCCUGCGUAAGUUAAGAGACGACUUACGCAAUGAAGAAACCAAAUUAGUGUUGCUAAAGAAGCUUAAACAGUCACAGCAUGUCAUGAAGGAAAAUAUUGUGGUCACCUCGACCAGUGUAUCGCCUACAAAUCCCCUGGCAGCUAUACCAGCAGCUUUGACAUCGAAGGGAGCCUUAAGUGUUACCCCUACUACGGCAGUACCACUGCCAGCACAUACCAAAAGUUCACGUUCCAAUAGCAGUAACAUCUCAUCAUCGGUUAGCAUAAGUGCUACCAAUAGCCGCUCGAAUACAAAUUCCUCUUCAUCCGGGUCGACAUCAUCCCCCCAUCGUUCAACUAACAACUCUAUACUGCCUCCACCACGUUCGGCACUACCCGGUGGUGCUACUCUAACAGCCGGUUCUUCCGCUUCAAUUAGCAUUCAAGCCACAUCGUCACCAUCAUCAUCAACGUUGUCAUCAUCAGCCCGUUCGAAUGCUCUACCACCCCGCACCAAUCUACCGAAUCUCACUAUAACGCCAUCAGUGACUAUAACACCAACAUCGGCUCCACCAUCUGGACUUAAAUCACGCAAUCAGCCUAAUGUUUCGGAUAAUUCAAAGGUACCUAACACCAUCAGCAAUUCGGUAUCAAUAACACCAGCACCACCGUUGUCAACACAAAAUCAACAACACAAUGAGUUGAAGAAUGAACGCUUAAAUUCCCGCGAAGAUGUACAAACACCCGCACAAAGGCAAGCGGCUGCUAAAUUGGCUUUAAGGAAACAGUUAGAGAAGACUUUGCUACAGAUUCCUCCACCUAAGCCUCCACCACCAGAGAUGCAUUUUAUACCAAAUCCUAGCAAUACUGAAUUUGUUUACCUGCUUGGCUUAGAGACUGUUGUCGAUUAUAUAACGACAAAUAAUAAGAAAACAAAUACAGUGGCACCACCAUUUCGCUGUGCUCAAUGUAAGAUUGAUUUUACACCAGUCUGGAAGUGGGAGAAACAAGGCAACAAAGAAGCUAAAGUUAUUUGUGAACAAUGCGUCACCACUAAUGUUAAGAAAGCUUUGAAAGCUGAACACACCAAUCGACUGAAACAGGCCUUUGUUAAGGCCUUACAACAAGAACAAGAAAUUGAGCAACGUUUGGCCAGUCAAAGCAGUCCUUCCCCGGUGGAUGCUCAUGUAGCUGCUAGUUCUGCGUUGUCUCAAGUCCAGAAUCAUUCUCAACAAACGGCGCAUCAAUCUCAACCACAAGCAGCCCAUGCCGCCUCGACAGCAGCCGCUUUAGUUAAUCUACCACCGUCUGUAACGGUUAUACCCACCAAAUGUCACACUCCAACACCGAGUAUCACGCCGCGUCCCACACCACCACCAACCAAUCAACCGACACCUCCACCACCAACUACGCCACGUUCGUCGCGAGGUUCCAUGUCUCAUCAGGCUCAGCCCAGUCCUAGUACACCUACACCCAGUCAAAUGCAUCACCAUCAGCAGCAUCAACUCCAGCAGCAACAACAACACCAGCAGCAUCAACAGCAGCAGCGUGAGCGCGAACGUGAACGGGAAAGAGAACGUGAACGAGAAAGAGAACGCGAGCGGGAUCGUGAGCGUGAAAGAGAACGCGAGCGUGAUCAUCAUCGUGCUGAGCAGCAACAGCAAAGGGCUGCUGCUGAACAACAACAGCAACAACAACAGCAGCAACAGCAACAAUAUGAUAAAUAUUCAGCUGCUGCUUUAGCAGCCGCUGCUCAAUUGGGUGCUCUUGGUUUGCCGGGUCUAAACAAUUUAGCUGGUUUAGGCGGUCUCGGUAAUCUGGGCAAUUUAGGGCAACUGGGUAAUUUGGCGGCGUUGGGUGGUUUGGCCAAUCUAGGUGCUGCUGCCGCCGCUACGGCCACAAAUCCAGCAGCAGCUGCUGCAAAUCUCGGUGCUCUUGGCAAUGCAUCACCUGCUGCCGCAAUGCAAGCGUUCCAGCAGCAAUUAUUUAGAGCUUUGGGUCAAGGUUUAGCAACGAAUCCUCAACAUAUGAUGCAAUUUACCCCACUAUUGUAUUCCUAUCAAAUGGCUAUGGCUCAGGCAGCUCAAGUAGCUGCAUUUACAAAUAAAAAUAAAACAACAUCUGCAUCUUCCUCCUCUGCUUCAUCGUCCAAGAAUCAAACAGCCUCAUUGGCUGAUAUACAACGAGCCGCUGAAUUGCAGCGACAAUAUUUACUAGAGAUGAUACCACCGCAAGCACCAGGACCUAGUAACAAUCGCCAAAACAAUUGGAAAACGUAAAUAACACACAACAUCAGCAGCAGCAGCAACAGCACCAAUAAUUAUAGAACUAAAACUAAAAGAAAUCGAGUUUUGUGCAUGCAAUAAUCGUAAGAUUUUAAAAUAAUCUUUAAACAAAAAAAAUGUACUACAGUCAAAUAUUAAGUUUAAACUAAUAACUUAUGGAAAAUGAUUUAUUUCUUUCUUUUAAUUUAAACAUUUUUAGCUUUUUUCUAUUUUAAAGAAAAAUCUUAUUUGUUUGUUUAAAAACUAUGCAUGCUUUGGUCGUUUGAUCAGACCAAAAACUCAAUAAACCAUUUCUUAAUACAUAUUUGAAAAUGUAUCCUAA